GCUUGAUAUCUCUGAUGAUCGUGGAAAGGUGCAUGUCCUUAAUAGCUAAGAAAACAUUUAUUGGAUGCAAAUGCUUUAUUUUAUUUGUUGUGUGUCCAAUCUGUCAAAAAUUAGCAUUCACUUUGACGGUAUCAUGUGAAGUAGUAACGUGACUAAUAAACUGUGCAAAGUAAGUAACUCUCAGGAAGAGAAGAUCUUCGGCCAGGUAUGCAGUAUGUAUUUUUUUUAAAAAAAUCUAUAUCCAAAGUUCAAUCAAAAGAAAUAAACUGUUAUCAAUAAUUUCUUUUGGGAAAAAAAAAUAAAAAAUUAGUCUUUCACAUUGAUUCAUUCAAGUUUUGAACAUCUACCAGCCAACCCCCGGUAGCAUUUUAUAUUUAUAUUACUUGGUUAUAAUUUCUUUGAAUGCAUCAAUGACAAUUUGGUCAAUUUCUGAUACAAGCAUAAUCACAAUAUAUAGAAGAUGUACUAGCUACUUCCCCCCAUCCAACGCCAACAAUCAACACAAGACCUCCAUCUCCAUCCAUAUAUCCAUCGCCUUUUGGUGGAGCUACACCCCAGACAUCUCCGACGAUAUAGUCUAAUAAGGUGGGAAAAAGGGGUGUAGCUCCACCACCACGUAGUAGUAGAUUGCAAAAAAUUGUACAUCCUCUCUUGGUUUUAUCAAAAUCAGAAGGUCCUUGCGUGGUUAAAAAAAAAAAAAAAAAAAAAAAUGGUUAGUGAACUUUGUGCUACACCGCCUAUGACAGGCAAACCUUUGCCUGGUAAAGAUGAUGAGCCAUUACUACCACUAAUGCCUGGAAAUGGAGGUGGACCCUCACCUCCCUUGUCUGGAAAAGGAGGUGGCCCGCCACCACCUCCAUCGAAGUUUAUGGGCAAGAAGAAAGCCACAACAAAUUUAAAGAGGUCUACUGAAAUGGGGAACUUAUUUCGGCUCCUAAGGGGGUUGAUGGAAGGAUCCUGUUUAGGUGAGGGAUCAUCUCGAGGAAGGAAGACGGGUGGUGGGAGUAAUGGCGGAUCUAAUGGUGGACAAAGCAUGAAUGAUGCACUAGUAGAAAUAGCCAGAAGGUCAACUUACUUCCAGCAAAUUGAAGAAGAUGUAAGAACACAUGAUAAGACAAUUAAGGGGAUUCAAUCUUCUCUUAGCUCAUUCAAAACAAAGGACAUGGAUGUACUGCUUAUGUUCUACCAAGAAGUAGAAUCAAAACUCGAUGUCCUAACAGAUGAAAGCCAGGUUCUAGCGAGGUUUGAAGGCUUCCCGGGGAAGAAAUUAGAUGCCUUGAGGAUGGCAGCAGUGCUAUACAAAAAACUGAGUGCAACUCUAUCUGAGCUACAUAACUGGAAAAUCGAGUCACCUCUGGCUCAGCUUCUUGAUAAAGUUGAGAAAUACUUCAACAAGAUUAAAGGGGAAAUGGAAGCCAUAGAACGAACCAAAGAUGAAGAAGAAAAGAAAUUUCAGAGCCAUGGCAUCCACUUGGACUUCAACAUUAUCUUAAAGAUCAAGGAAGCCAUGGUGAAUGUUUCAUCGAGCUGCAUUGAGCUGGCUCUCAAGGAGAAGAGGGAAGCUAAGACAGAAAUAAAUGAUCAAACUUUGGCAAAAGCAAGAAAUCAACACAAGAAAAUAGACACCGAAACUCUUUGGAGGACUUUCCAGUUCUCUUUUAAAGUGUAUUCUUUUGCUGGAGGGCAAGAUGAGCGCGCUGAAAGGUUGGCAAAAGAGCUAGCUAAGGAGAUACAGGCUGACCCAUGAAGGAUUAACUUAUUUGUCCAUUAAUCAAUUGCACACAUAGUAUUAAUCACAUCUCUGCUGUACAUGAAUUAUAAGUUAAACUUAGUUGUUUGUUCCUGAUGAAUCAUCAAUUCACAAGUUAAGGGGCGCUGUGAUGCCUGCUUUCCUGCAUUCUGAGAUCUUAGUUGUUUGUUUCUGAUGAAUAUUCAACUCGCAAGCCAAGAAAUACUGUGAUGCCUACUUCUCUGCAGAAUGCAAUACAUAUAUCAGAAGUCUAAACACUACUUCAUGCAUGGUUCUUCAAAUCUGAGGUUGCAUUUACGAGUCAAAUUCAUAGUAAAAGUAGAAGUGACAUGAGUCGCAUGACUUUUUGUCAUAGAUUUGAGUAGAUGCCCACAGAUUGUGCACCAGAGGGCUACAGAAUGCAAAGCUAUUUCAGGUCAGAGGAAAUUUGCUAUAAGGAUGAACAAGAUCAGAUUGAGCCUAUUGUUCAGAAGCGAGCAAGCAGGCAUGGGAAAAAUGCAAUCAAUGGUAGUUUCAUCGAUUAACAAUACUUCAGGACAAGAACUGAGGAGCAAUAUGUGAUAUCUUGAGUUAUAUCAGGCUGCUGAAACUAACUGGAAACAUCAUCUGGAGUAAACUUUGUAUUGGGGAUGGGCGUUGAAAGUACAAAGUAAACAAAGUACUUUGGAAGAAAAGGGGGAGGGGAAGCAAGGGGGUUUUUAGGUAUAUCUUGCAACGGUACUGCCUACUUCCAAUAUGUUCUUAAUGAUGAUAUAAAGAAAUAUGCAGUCAGUCUAUCUAUAAAUAGCAAGGUAUGUACCUGCUUGAGAAGAUGUGCUUGGGCAUUUGUAUCAUUGCAUGUUCACCUGUGUGAUCAUAAUCAUAAUCUUGGCUUACAGCUUUUAUAGAGAGGCGGCAUUUGGAACUAAAUAUUUAAUUUCUAUGUCGCAUUUGCAUUCAUGAGAUUUGCACUCUUUGAUGUGGCGCAUAUCAUGGAAAUCCUGCCUUGUUGGGUACCUUCUACAACUAUUGUGAGAGAUAGCUCUGAAAUAGACGGCUGCUAGCAUUGCCUGAGUAAGCUAUCUUGUAAGGGAUCAUGCCUGAAAGUUCAAAGUUAGCUGUCUCGCUUAUCAGUGUCAUAUAACUAAGGAUGUCGUCCAAGGCCAUGUAAUUUCCUGCCCUUCUUAAGUAUGUUGUGUUCUCUGACUGAGGUCAAGGUAAUUACACAGGCAGUGCUCAGGGCUUGGCCAGCUCAUGUACUCCAUCUACAGACCAGAGGCCGGAGCAUAUGCUUACAGUAUCAUGAUAAAGGGCCCCUUGAAACCCCUAUACAUGGGCCAUUGAUGGCAUUGAUUCAAUGCUUACACCAAUGGUUUCCCAGAGGCUAGAUCAGAUCAUGUAGAUGUCAUCACAAACAGCUGAAUGUGUCAUCUUUCCUGUGAAUUCUGUGAUCAAGCAGAUUGAUUGGAGCAUUUUGACAUUUUGUAUAUGGUUACAACCACCUUCAGAUAAACCAGCUAAGGAUCGUAAAUUGAGAGUCUGAGUUGCAGAGUAGAGUGCAUUUCACUUCAAGCCUAUAUGCAAACUUUGCUAAUGGUAAUGCUCGUAUUACUUGACCUUGA